CUUCAACAAGAUCUCACCAAUUCGAUUUUCAUCAACUUUUCCACAGAGAAAUCAUGGGGUUUUGGACACUAAUGGAAGGAUUGCUGCUAUUUGCAAACGCACUGGCUAUUCUCAACGAAGACCGAUUUCUAGCUCCCAAAGGAUGGACGCUUGCAGAACUCCACCAAACCGGAAAAAGAAACUCUCUCAAAGGCCAAAUCAUCGGUCUCAUCCACGCCUGCCAUUACAUGAGGCUUCCUCUUAUGCUCUUUAACUUAAUUGUCAUUGUCUUUAAGCUUUUCUCCGGUUAAAAUGAUCAAACCCCUUUUUGAAUAAAUUCAAUCCAAACAU